GCCUAUGUGUCCUAUUUGUUGUGAUGAGUAAAAAUCAAGAAAGCAAGUAAGUAAUUUGACUUUGUAAAAUGGAAGACAUAUUUACUCAAGUCAGAGAAGGCAAUGCAUUUAAUGUUCGAGUCUGGCUGGAUAACACAGAGAAUGAUCUAAACAAAGGUGACGACCAUAGGUUCAGCCUCCUCCACUGGGCUGCCAGAGAAGGGAGAGACAACAUAGUGGAUAUGCUAAUAAAGCGUGGGGCUAGAAUCAAUGCCACUAACAUGGGAGAUGAUACGCCUAUUCAUCUAGCUGCAGCACACGGUCAUAGGGAAGUUGUUUUAAUGCUACUGCACAACAAGGCAAAUGUGAAUGCUAUAAAUGAACAUGGCAAUACUCCACUCCAUUAUGCCUGUUUUUGGGGCAAUGAACUGAUAGCAGAGGAAUUAGUAAAUUUUGGAGCCUUAGUCAGCAUAUGUAAUAAAUUUGGUGAAACGCCUCUUGAUAAAUGCAAAGUACACUUGGCCAAAAAAUUGCAAGAACAAGCUAAACUAUGUGGCCAGGAUUUGAGCAAAAUUCCCUUCAAGGAUAGAAGUUGGUUGGGAUACAAAACAAGAAGUCGUGAUGCCAUUUUGUCACGCCACACAGGCAUUGAUAUCAAGGAACUUCAGCUGGUUGGUCAUAUUGCUAAGACACACUCAGGCGAAACAUGGAGAGGGUCAUGGCAGUCCAAUGAUAUAGUGGCCAAGAUUCUUAGUAUGAAGACAGUUUCAGACAGAAAUAUCAGGGACUUCAAAGAAGAAUUUCCUAAACUAAGGAUAUUUAACCACCCAAAUGUUCUAGCAGUUCUGGGGUGCUGUGCUCCAAAAGAUCCACCAGAUUUGGUUGUCAUUAGCCAGUUCAUGCCAUUUGGGUCCCUCUAUAACACACUACAUGGGGAAUCUGGUAUAGUGGUAGACCAGAACCAAGCAUUGAGAUUUGCCAUUGAUAUUGCCAGGGGCAUGGAGUUUCUACAUUCUAUGGAGCCCAUCAUCCCUAACUUUGUACUCACCAGUAAACACGUCAUGAUCGACGAGGACCUGGCCAAAAUAAAUGUGGAUGACCCAAAGUACACGUCAGGGGACGCUACCCUGAAUGGGAUUGAUGAGGAUCUGACAGCCAAGAUUAACAUGGCUGACUACAAGUUCUCCUUCCAUGAGAAGGGGAAAUUGUAUUCCCCUGCUUGGUGCGCGCCUGAAGCCUUACAGAGAGCCCCUGAUGACAUCAAUGUGAGAGCCGCUGACAUGUGGAGCUUUGGAAUCCUGCUGUGGGAGCUGGAGACAAGGGAGGUGCCUUUUGCUGAGCUGGAGCCAAUGGAGAUUGGGAUGAAGGUUGCGCUAGAAGCCCUGCGUAUCUCCAUCCCACCCGGCAUCUCCAACCACAUCUCCCGGCUCAUCAAGAUCUGCAUGAACGAAGAGCCGGGGAAACGGCCACGCUUCGACAUGGUCAUCCCUAUCUUAGAGAAAAUGAAGCUGUCCAGCUAAGUUAGUGGUGCUUGUCACCUUCACGGCAGGUGUGAAAAAAUAUGUUGUAUGCAGUCCUGUUAUCUCAAGAUUGUCUGUUGCCAAAAUGAAUCGUUGAACUUGCUCAUGCACUGUAACAUCAGACUAUGCAUGCCCAUUUGUUCAUUUGAGUUUGUAAGAUCAUCAAAAGUGUAUCCAACUUUUUAUCAUAGGUAUAAUACGACAAACAAAUGGUCAUUUGUUGUUAAUGUAAACAAUAUGCAGAAUCUAUUGCUACUUUCAAAUAUCUUUAAAUAUUAUAUUCUGUUGUAAACUUUUUAAGUGUUCAUUUGCACUACACAAGUUAAGGUGUGUCUUCCAUUUUAUAGUACUUGUCUUAAACCUCUUUGUAAACUUUAUCCUGAAAAUGCUUUAAAAUUUACACAUGAUGAAAUUGAACUUGGUUUAUAUUGUCCAAAUUUACAAAUAUUAACUAGGGCAUGCAGGAACUAUAGACUCAAACAUUGUAGAUCUUGGGGGAGUUUUUUCCCUUUCACUAUUUCAGUGGGCUACUAUACACAGCUUUAACUUUGACCAGAUUUUAUACAAGCCCUAGACCUCGCCCGUAUUAGUAUUGAGAGCUUACAUUUGGUGGUUUGGUGUGAGUCUGCUGCAAAGUGGGGUUUUAAUGCUCACUCUAGCAUACACAGUUAUUUGACAUAUAGGAUAUACCAAGUCAUAAGUCAUUUUUACCUUCUGUUAAAUUUUUACAUGCAAGUAGAGAUCCCAAAAUAUUGUUGUCUGUUGAUCAGUUUUCUUACUUUUUUUUUGAAAAAAAAAACCCAAAUUACUUAUGAAUAGCAUCUAAGCAACCAUUAUAUCAUUUAUUUUACAUCUUUGUGAUACUUACCUCCCUUUGAAUGUUAAAACUACCAACAUCUGUGUUAAUUCCCUUUACCUGAGUUCUUUAUUAUCUGACUAGGAUCCAAGGGACCACUGAUGUUGGAACAAUUAAUUCAUGUUAAAGCUCUCCUUUUCAGGAUCAAUUAAUGUAAAUUCUAAAGUAAUUAAUUACAAAAGUAAGACUGGAUGCUGCUAAUGGGUAUCGAAGCAGCGAUUUCAUUUCAUAAUCCAGUGAGAUUAGGUAGUUCAUGACAUUUGUGGUCAGUUUUUUGUAAAAUAAACAAUACAGUUAUCAAGUUCUUUAUAUCUUUCCUACUUAAAGUUUAAUAUUGUUGUAAGCUGUAGCAGUAUAAAAUGUAAAAUCAUAUGAAAUUUAUAGAUCUGGCACUAUUAUUAUGCCUCAUAUAAUGUUCAUAUCAGUUGUAAAAUUGUGAAGGCAGAUUAUAUCAUGAGAAAAAGCCAAUUUUAUGCCUUUUCAUAUGCAAUAUAUACCAUUUGUAAAACUAUAUUGAUUAUAACAUAGCACCUAGAAUUUUAAAAUUAAUAUUAAUUGAGUCAGACACUAUGUUGUAUAAUUUGUGUUUUCAGUGUUUUAGAUUUGACUGUACAAAUAUUUUAUUUAUAGAAGUUAGAUGUGUUCAGAACAGUUUUGUGUCAGUGUUAAUAUAUUUCUCAAAGUGGCCUAGAUAAUAUUUUACUCUUAAAUAUUUAAUUUUAUAAUGCCUAUAUUUUAUAUUACAUAUAUGAAUGCAUUUUAAACUCUGUAGCUGAAAGAUGCAUGGUUUUUACAUUUGGUUGUCAUAUUAUCUUCAGCAUAGUUUGUGUGGGUGUGUGUGGAUAAUCAAAGUUGAACAACUGUUGAAUGAUGAGUAUCAUUUUACAUUAAGUGCGCUCAGGUAUGCACUAUUUGUUUCGGUGCAAUUGUUGCACUGGUUUUUGGUCCCCAUAAUGUUCAGGCUUUAAAAUAAAACAAUUUUUUGUUAUUGUCAAUUAUUGUAGCAACUGCACAUGCAAAGUAAAAAUUAGGGGACAUAUGCAGUUUUUUAAAAUAUGGAAAAUUUAGUUGUGGGCGGGGUUUACUAAAUGAUUUUUUUAUAUAUAACAUUUUCUAGUCAAUUAUAAAUUUAGUAUUGCAUUCUUUUAAAGUUGCAAACAAUAUAUGAAUUGAAAUACUUUACUGUGUAGAAUUUUUUUUUUUAAGUGUUACAAAAGAAAGCACAAUACAAACAUUGUAUUUUGCUCUGUUUGCACAAGUUUUUCUACCUUAUUUACACAUUUUAAUGAAAUAAUCAAUUAAGAAAAGAAAUGAACUACCUUAAAUCUACAAAAUUCGUCUAUAUAAUUAGAAUAAGUUUGACUUUUUUUUUUAAAUUGCAACAUUUGUGUGAUUAAAUGUUCUUUUUUCACUAAGCAAUAACUUGAAUUCUCAUGGUGCUGUACUUUUAUCUAUUUAUAUAAAUCUAUAUCAUGAUAUUUUAUUGACCUGGCUUUUGACUGUAGCUGCCAGCCUAGUUGUGUUAUAUUGCCUUCUAAUUUCUGCCUGCUCUCACAGGGAGGCUGUGUAUGCCUUAACAUAGACGUCUGUACAUCAUGUAUUGCUGUUAGUGGAGAAUACAAUUUUAUGUUUGC